UUAUUUAACAUCGAAUUUUUAAUCAGAAUUUCGGUAUAAAUAGCAGAUUCGUUUGUGAGCUUAACGCAUACGAUUACACACAGCAGUCGCGAAAUGAGAAUCUUUGCAUUUGUUAGCUUCUUGCUUGCCUUAUUUGUGGCCGUAAGCGCCCUCCCAUACCCAAUGCCUGAGCCCUUACCAGGCGGAGGAGGCGGCGGUGGCGGUGGUGGUGGCCUCUGUGGAGGUGGCGGUGGCGGCGGCGGCGGUGGUGGUGGUGGUGGCGGUGGAGGCGGUGGUGGUGGCGGCGGCGGUAGUUGCUAAAUUAAUUUAUUCCCUCACCCCUGCACAACCUCCAAGCCGAAGCGUUUUUUUUUCGGCUGUGACUGUACGCACCCAUUAUUCUAUGUAUUUGGACGAAUUUUAAAGAAUACAAAAAAAAAAAAACAUUUAAAAACUUAAAAAACAAAAAA